AUCCUUAUGUUUUACAGAAACACUCAAGCCUUCCCCUCCCUGCCUGCUCACUCGCCUAUAAUUCUCCCGUCCCCUUCCUCCUCCCAUUCCCUGCCUGCUCAUUCCCGUCGACCUCGAAUCAACCAGCAGCAGCUCGAAACGAAACGAAACGAACCAAUCCAACCAACUCGCCAGUUGCCACCCUCCAAAGCCGCAGCCCCCAUCCCACCACCGGCCAGGCAGGCAGAGCGUGCCACGCGCCAUGUCAGGCACGUCUUCGUUCACAACCGGGGAGUCGUCUCGAGCCGGCGAGCAACCGGAGCGCGACGAGGUGGUUGAGUUCAAGGCCCGCACGUGGGUGGCACUCUCCUCCAUCAUCGUCGUCCACAGCGCCAACGACGAGGGGAGACGGAUGCUCGCGCUCCGUGCCUCCGACAUCUUUCUCGACCUCCAGCCCCCGCAGGUCGGCGCCUCCUACCUAGUCCUGCCCGAUCGCAUCGUCAAGCACCCCAGGUAUGCAGACCACCCCGUCGUCUUGUCCGCCUGCUCCGACCACUUCCUCUUCCGGGCUACCCCGGCCGAGGGCCCCUCGAACCUCAUCUGCUUCUUCGUUGGCGACGUCAACGCCCGCACCGUCGUCCGCCUCCCCGAGGUCCCCUUCCACAUGGCCGUCAACACCAUCCCGCAUCCGCAAUACAGCAUUGGCCUCAUCGCCGACCCGCGAUCGCGACACGGUGGUCAUUACAUGGUGGCCCAGCUCCACCCGACCUUUACGACCCACCACACGACCCUGCUAUGCUACUCCAGCGUCACCGACCAGUGGACCGCCAGGCCGCUGGCCUCCACCGAGAGCGAGGAGCACCAUCGCUGGGGCGCCCACGGCGUCCUUGCCCAUGGCGGCCUCCUCUGGUGGAUCGACCUCUUCUACGGCAUGCUCGUCUGCGACCCUUUCGCCGCAGACGACAACCUGCACCUGCGCUUCGUCCCGCUCCCGGUCGGCUCCAUCCGCACGGGCAGGCGCGUCCCCGGCCCAGAGAACAUAGGCCGGGAACGCUUCAUCAGGCCGAGCCAGGGCAAGCUGCGAUACGUGGAGAUCCAAGGAGCCCCCAGCGGUAUGCGUACUAGCAACUACCAGCCCCCGUCGAACCCCCAGGUCCGCAUGUUCACGCUCGUCAGCCAAGAGGGCCAGCAUCACUGGGUACACGAGUACACGGCGACCUUCCUCGACAUUUGGAGCCACCGCAGCUACGCCGAGGCCGGUCUGCCCCAGGGCGUGGUGCCUUGGCUCGCCCUCAUCGACCCCAACAACGCCAACACUCUCUACUUCUUCCGGGGCACGACGCUCUUCGCAGUGGACGGACAAACCAGACAGGUCUUGUUCCGCGUGCGAUGCUUGGUACUAGAAUCCGCACGCGGGGGCCACAGGUUCCAGAACUCCCGCUUCAUUGGUGCGUGGGAGCUGCCACCAGCGCUAGAGCCAGACGUUCUCUGCACACAUGAUGUAGGUGGUGGGAGCUCGAUUUGGGGGUCUGAUAGCGAAGGAACGGAUGGAUCAGACAGGGAGCAGGCUAUCAGUGACCAAGCUACCAACUCUGGUGACCAAGCUGCCGACUCUCCUGACCAAGCUGCAGACUCUCCUGACCAAGCUGAUGCUGAACCAUAAAUAGUCUGAAAGUGUGGAGGAUUAUGCAACAUUGGUGAUGGUUUCAGACAUCUGUCCUCUUGGAAACCUUAGACCCGUGUUAGGAACAGAGCCUGUGGCCAAUUCCGUGCGGCGCUACGACUGUAUGAGAAAACAUUAUAUUUCGUGUUGCAUAUUGCUAGCUAGGUAAUAAUUGAAAAUGGAAUUCAAUUUUCGU